ACCUGCCCCUCACUCGGCCCCCACCCAGGUUUUGGUACUGGAGAGGGGGCAUGGGGCCAGGGAGACCCACGGGACUUUGGCUCCAUCUCUACAAAAGAGCACUCUGUGAGUCAGCCUGCUCCCCUCAAGGCUUGCUCCUCCCCCACCGGCUCCAGUUUCCGAUGCACGUACAGCCCGUACACACCGUGUCCUGGGACACCCCAGUCAGCCGCAUGGCUUCCCUGUGCCCCAGCCCCUGGCUCCCUCUGCUGAUCCUGGCUCCUACUGUGCAACUGCUGAUAUUGGUACUGCUCCUGGUGCCUGCCCAUCCCCAAAGCCUGUCUUGGAUGCAGGGGGACCCCUCCUUGGGUGGAGGUUCAUCUGGGGAGGAUGAUUCACUGAGCGAGGAGGAUCUGCCCACUGAAGAGGACCCACUUGAAGAGGUGGAUCCACGUGGUGAGAAGACACCUGAAGUGAAUCCUGAACCAGAAGAUCCCCUGCAUUUAGAGGAUCUACCCACUAUGGGAGCUCCCAGGGAUCCUGAAAGCUCUCACAGGGGUCAGAAAGGUGAUGGCCACGGUCAUUGGCGCUACGGAGGAGGCAGCCUGCCCUGGCCUCAGGUGUCCCCAGCUUGCGCCGGCCGCUUUCAGUCCCCGGUAGAUAUCCGCCCCGAGCUCACCGCCUUCUGCCGCGCCCUGCAACCCCUGGAACUGCUGGGCUUUGAGCUCCCGCCAAGCCCGGAACUGAGCCUGCGCAACAAUGGCCACACCGUACAGCUAUCUCUGCCUCGGGGGCUAAGGAUGGCCCUAGGUCCCGGGCGGGAGUACCGGGCCCUGCAGUUGCACCUGCACUGGGGCACUUCUGACCGCCCAGGCUCUGAGCACACCGUGGACGGCCACCACUUCGCUGCUGAGAUCCACGUGGUUCACCUCAGCACUGCUUUCUCAGAAGUCAGUGAGGCCUUGGGGCGCCCCGGAGGCCUGGCUGUGUUGGCAGCCUUCCUGCAGGAGGGCCCAGAAGAAAACAGUGCCUAUGAGCAGUUGCUGUCACAUUUGGAAGAAAUCACCGAGGAAGGCUCAGAGAUUAUGAUCCCAGGAUUGGAUGUAUCUUCACUGCUGCCCUCUGAUCUCAGCCGCUACUUCCGAUAUGAGGGGUCCCUGACGACACCCCCCUGUGCCCAGGGAGUCAUCUGGACUGUGUUUAACCAGACAGUGAAGCUGAGUGCAAAGCAGCUCCACACUCUCUCUGUUAGUCUGUGGGCAUUUCCUGACUCCCGGCUACAAAUGAAUUUCCGAGCCACGCAGCCUUUGAAUGGGCGAAUGAUUGAGGCCUCUUUCCCUGUUGUAGCAGACAGCAGCCCUGAACCAGUCCACAUGAACUCCUGCCUUGCUGCUGGUGACAUCCUGGCCCUGGUUUUUGGCCUCCUUUUUGCUGCUACCAGCAUUGCCUUCCUGGUGCAGAUGAGGAAGAAGCUCAGACACAGAAGUGGGACAAAAGAUGGUGUUGGCUAUAGCCCAGCAGAAAUGGCAGAGACUGGAGCCUAGAGACCUAGAACCUGGAUGAUGUGCAGAGAAGCCUGCCGAAAGAUUCUGAAAGCAUCUGGAAAUCCUAUCCAUUGUACAACUCCAAGGAAUUGUUUUUCUUCUUAUUUUCCCCUUAAACCACUGCGAUGGAAUCUUGUACUGUUAGGACAUGACUGGAC